UCGCGAGCGAGAUAAUGGUGGUGGCCUAGCUUUCAUAUUGCACAACACCGUGCAGUAUCGUCUAAUCGAUGUAGACAUCGACCCCAGGGAUACUACCCUAGAAUGUCAGGGUAUAGCUAUCCGGUCAGGCGAUGUCGAGCUCGAAAUAUUUAAUAUAUACAUCCCUCCAGUUACAUGUUGCCCAACAGGACAUCCCCCGAAUAUAGGUGCGCUACUUCGUGGUGAAAACCGUUUGGUACUAGGCGACUUUAACGCGCACCACGAUCUUUGGCAUUCCUGCCUGUCAAAUGACCGUAGGGGGAUGGAGCUGGCGGAACAGAUUGACGAUUCGACAUUCUGCACAAUGAAUGACGAAGCCCCCACCAGAGUUAUGGGCACCUGUAAUAGCUCGCCGGAUAUUACCAUUGCUAGCUGUGGUCUGAUAAACAGCAUAACCUGGCGACCUAUGCUAACUCUCGCAUCAGACCAUCUGCCCAUAAUUAUCUCGAUCGAAAAGCCUCCCGAUUUUGUUUCUGUGGGCAACCGCACCUACUUUAACUUUAACAAAGCUAAUUGGGUCGGCUUCACAGAAUUUACUGAGAGCACCUUCAACUCUCUACCCAUUCCUAUGGACUUAUGCGUUGGCGAACAUCAAUUCCGCAAGGUGAUCGCAGCAGCUACCGCUCGCUUCAUCCCGGCUGGAAGAAUCGCGAAAAUCCGCCCCAAUUUCCCAGCCGAAGCAGCUGUUUUAGCUAAUGAGCGCGACACCUUACGCCAUGCCGAUCCCGGGGAUCCCCGAAUAAGGGAUCUCAAUUUGGAGAUUCGGCGAAUGGUAAACCAACAUAAGCGGACGAAAUGGAUAGAGCACCUGAAGUCCUGUAACCUCUCCACCGGAGUGAGUAAGCUUUGGGCUACUGUCAAAGCUCUGUCUAACCCGAAGAGACAUGACGACCGAGUUGAAGUUCAAUUCAAUGGUCAUGCCUCUUCGGACCCGAAGAAGUGCGCGAGCUAUUUUAGCCGGCAAUUCACACUGCACCCUUCGGUAGACAAAGCUAAACGAUGUGUUAACCGACGGCUGCGCAAAAUGACAAACGAAGACGCGCCACUUACUUUCACCGAU